CAGUUAUAAACGGCCACGCAACGCCUCCUCCGUCGCCCGUUGUCUUCCUCAAACCAAACUUCUCUCCUCACCGCUCCGAUCCGCCACCCUUCAUCCUCUUCGCGCCCUUUUGUCUGAUCUUCAUGAUUUCAAGAAGCACUGCUGCAUUCUGCGUUUCCUCUGAAGCAGGAAACGAAAACACCUCUAUUCUCUGCAAUCUGGUCUGCAAUUUCCCUGAAUUCUUUGGAUCUUCGGGCGUUUUCCUUAAUCCAUUUGGUUUUCGGGGAGUUGAGGAGAAGCUUCUUUUACCGGAAAUCUUUAGCACAAAAUGGUUUCAGCCCAUCUGCUUCCUGUUGGACCACCAGAUGCCAUAGUCUUGGGGUCUGAGAAAAAACCAGUGUUAGAGGGUGAAGGGAAAGUUGAGAAAUGUUGUUCUGAGGAUGUUGUUGCCAAUGAAUCUGUUGUUUCAUCGAAACAAGUCGGGCUCGAGGAGUUUGAAGUGUUGAAAGUUGUGGGCGAAGGGGCGUUUGGGAAAGUCUUUCAGGUGCAGAAGAUUGAAACCUCGGAGAUCUUUGCAAUGAAAGUUAUGAGGAAAGACAAGAUCUUGAAGAAAAACCAUGUUGAGUAUAUGAUAGCCGAGAGAGCUAUUCUGACAAAAAUAGAUCACCCGUUCAUCGUGCAGCUCAGAUAUUCCUUCCAAACAAAAUAUAGACUCUACCUUGUUUUGGACUUUGUCAAUGGGGGACACCUUUUCUUUCAACUCCACCAUCAAGGCUUAUUCAGGGAGGAUUUAGCCCUAAUAUACACAGCUGAGAUUGUUUCCGCAGUUUCUUACCUCCAUGAAAACGGGAUAAUGCACAGAGAUCUCAAACCAGAAAAUGUACUGUUGGAUGCAGAAGGACAUGUUGUAUUGGCUGAUUUUGGCCUGGCAAAGGAGUUCGAUGAGACCACGCGAUCCAACUCGAUGUGUGGAACAUUGGAGUAUAUGGCACCAGAAAUCGUUCUCGGGAAGGGCUACGACAAGGCUGCUGAUUGGUGGAGUGUUGGAGUUCUUCUGUUUGAGAUGCUUACUGGAAAGUCUCCAUUUUAUGGUGGAAACAGACAUAAAGUUCAGCAGAAGAUUGUAAAAGACAAGAUCAAACUCCCAGCAUAUUUAUCAAGGGAAGCACAUUCACUGCUAAAAGGGCUGCUGCAGAAGGACCCGAGCAAGCGCCUUGGGAGUGGGGCGGGAGGGGGCGGGGAAAUAAAAGGGCACAAGUGGUUCGGGUCGAUCAACUGGAAGAAGCUGGAAGCGCGAGAAAUCCAGCCAAGUUUUCGCCCCGAGGUUGCGGGGAAACGCUGCACUGCGAAUUUCGAUGAGCGGUGGACGAGCAUGGCUCUGUUGGUGGAUUCUCCUGCUGCUAGUCCAAAUUCUGGUGGUGAAAACCCCUUCAGGGAUUUCACUUAUCAUGAUUCUCUGCUUUAAUGUAACAAGAAAUGUUUUUUAUGGAUAUAAAAAAAAGUAUAUUUUUAGCAUUA